UUUUUAAUCUCCUCGAAACAGAAGAGAGCAAUAUUAAGAAGAGCGAAAAUUUAGAGCAAAAUACCAAACCUCAACUAAAUGAGGCUUCAAAUACUACAAAUAACUACAACAGCACUGCUUCAACAUCAACUA